CAACCGGGGGGCGGAGCAGAUGUGUCUGAAGGAGAGCAGCCUCGAUUGGUCAAGGUCGCUUCCGGACCGCCCAAUGGGAGGAGGGAAGCUGGCUCUGUGUCCAAUGUGCGGAGGUUUCCGGUGUGGAGAAGGCGCCCGGCAAGUUCGUUGUUUUGAGAGAGUCCCUGGGCUGCUUGGUGUCGCUGCUGUAGGGUGGACGCCGUCCCUCGGGGCGAACGCUGGCGUACGGGUUCUUCGUGAAUACCAGCGAUGUCCUAUAAACUGUGUAGCUCGGGGACCGUCUGUCAAUCAUCGACGCUCACGCCGGCGUUAGUACAAGAAGCUGCCGCCUAAGAGGGAGCGGACCCCGGCACAUGGCGCGGUGUGGGGGGGACGCUGUCUCGAAAGACACCAGCUGGGUCCCGGCAGCAGGCAGCGGGAGAGGGGUGUGGGAGCGGCAGAGGCUGAAGGAGAUGGUGGCUGAGCAGCUCCGUCAGGAUCUCGGCAGGCUUCUUAAAGAAGAAAUACAUGCAGAUGUCACUUUUUGUGUCGGUGAUACUCUAUUCAGAGCGCAUAAAGCAGUGCUUUUAGCAAGAGUUCCAGACUUCUUCUUAUACUGUACCGGAAAACAAUUAACUAAUCUGAAAGACCAUGAAACUUUUAAUUUGGAGAACUUUGAGCCCUCAGAAUUUAAAACAUUUCUGCAGGUUGUAUAUUCGUCUGAUAAAAACAUUAGGGAAAUCGAGGAAGAGACUCUGAGGAAAAGAGUACUGGAGCCCAGACAAACACAGGAAAAUGAAAGCCUUACAUCUGGUAGUCUUCAGAACACUCAAAUAUCAGGUGUAAAAUGCAUUGGAAGUGAUAAAACGUUUGUUAAUCAGCAUUUUCUGGACGGAGCCAUAGAAAGAGAAUUUGUUUGUUCACCUCAUACUGAAGAUGAAAUUCUAGAAGCCAGUCAUGCUGAAGGCAAUGUAACUAAGCCAGGUAAUUCUGAACUAGAAACCGCAUCUGGGUUAGGAGAAGACUUAAUGAUGCUCUACAAGAAAUGUUGUUGUCCAGAUAUUAAUAUUUGGAUAGAAGGCAACCAGUUUCAAGCUCACAGGGCCAUUUUAUGUGCCAGAUCUAGUUACUUUGCUGCUAUGCUGAGUGGAAGUUGGGCUGAAAGCUCCCAAGAGCACAUCACUCUUCAAGGCAUAAACCAUGUAGAAAUGAAUGUCCUAUUGUAUUUUAUAUAUGGAGGAAUGCUGGACUUCCCAAACAAAGCUGAUGCUGGUCGAAUACUCAGCGUUGCUGAUAUGUAUGGGCUAGACGGACUGAAAGAAGUAGCUAUCUAUAUUCUCAAAAGAGACUACUGCAAUUUUUUUCAAAAGCCUAUUCCUGGAAGGCAGCAACAUGUGCUAGAAUGCCUAGCUAUUGCUCAUUCAAUGGAAGUCGAGAACCUUUAUGCUGCUUGCAUGAAAUGGAUAGUAAAAUAUUUUGUGAAAUGUUGGUCAGAGAGGAGCUUUGCCAGUUUACCCACUGAACUUCAGAACAACUGUCUUACUGUGAUAAUUCAAUCUUUGAACCACAAGAAUGCAGCUUCUCUUUUGAUGGAAAGUGACCGGCUGCUCAGUAGUCUUCCCCAAGUGAAAUGGUCUGAAACGGCUAUGGCCUUGGCAUCUAGGCUUCAAGAAGAAUGCAUAACAUUUAUUGUAACAAAGUUCCCUCAUAUAAUAGAGAGUGAAAGUUUUCAUAUUUUCUUGCAGGCACAAGCAAUGAGCAGCAAACCUGAUCUUCUAGAACAAGUUUUAAAAGCAAUUGAGAAAAACAUUAGCAUUGGAAACAGUUGCUUUCUUCUUAUAGCUGUGGAUACUUUGUUGAGCUCCACAAGUGUGAAGGAAAUGGGUUUUACGUGCAAGAUCCAGGCUCUGCGUGAUAAGCUGUGGAUCUUCCUGGUUCAGUCUUUUUAUGCUGUUCGUCACACAGAAAGCUGGAAGCUGAUGAGACCAGAUCAUCAAGAGAAAAUACAAGCAGCUGCUUUUGACAAAGGGGAUGAUCGAAGACUUGGCAAAAAACCUGUAUUCACUAGUUCUCAGCUAAACAGACGCAUUACUGACUCUGUUGAUAUAAAGCACACUUCCUGGAAAGUAAAAGGCAAGAGUAAUUAUUGUGGCAGUUCCUUCACUAAUCAGGAUAAAAUGAAAUCUGAUGGAUUAGGAGCAUCUGGACAUACAUCAAGUACCAACAGAAACACUGCUAAUAAGACUUCAAAACAUGAUGACUUAAAGGGAAAAGAUAGUAAGAAAACAGUUUCCAAGAUUACAAAAGAUUCAAAAACUGGGGAAAAAGUUGCUUCACCAAAGGCUAGAGCUGUCAUAAAGUCAAAAAUAGAAGGUAAUGGAAAUGCUAAGGCUGAAAGCUUGAUUACCAAACAAGAUUCAGAGAAGUCAUCUGCAAGUGGGCAAAAAAAUUCUGGAAGUGGAAAAGGUGUAAAAAAUCAGGAGGGAAAAAGUUCAGGUGCCAGACCUAAAGUACUUACUGGAAGCCCAAGUGUGCAAAUGAAAACAAAGCCAUUGAAGAAAACCACAGGGAAAGAAUCACCCUCUCUAGUAACAGAGACUGACAACUUGCUGAAAGUUCCUAGCUCAAGUACCGAUUUACAGAUUUCCAAUGAACAACUAGGUGAACUCAAAGAGGAUAAACCAGUAGAUGAAGGAAAAAAACAUACCGCAAUGAAAACAAAGUCUGUUUUGAAGAUGACUAAUGGAGCCACCAACAAAAAAGCUAGUGAACUUGAGACUGACGUUACAACAAAUAGUGUGACAAAAAAACCCACUGGGAAAGGAUACAAUGAACAAAGUCCACAAACAGUUUUGAAGAAAAAGGGAAAUGUGAGUGGCAAUUCUGCAGCUCAGCAGAAGACAAAGAAUGUACCAGCUAAUGUUGCUAAAAACCAAGGACCACAAGGAGAUUCACAAAAUUCAUUAAAAUCUGGAAUGUCUCUGAAACAAAAUGAAGGAAAAAACAUGAUGCAAAAUUUGUCUCAGACAACACUUUCAGAAAAACAACCUUCAUCUAAGAAAAAGAGUAUUAAACAGUCACAAACAUCUGCAGUUAAAGCCAUUGCAAAAAUAACAACACCCAAAAAUCAGACGCAUUCAAAGAAAGCUGAGACUAUAAACAGUAAAGACCCAAAACAGAAAAUAGUUACUGGGCAGCCUAUAUCAAAAACUCAAUCUUCAACACAAAGACAUUCAAGAAGUGAAUCUCCUGAUGUCCAGAAAAACGUGCAUAGUCCUGAACAGAAAAUUUCAGAACAGACACUUGAACAUACAUCUGCUGCUCUUGCAAUUCAGCCACACGGCAAUAACAAAUGCAGCCCUGCAAAACAAAGUAAGUGUGAAAAAUCUAUGACAGAGUGUAGCACAGGAGACCUACUCAUGGAAUCAGGGCAACCUGAUCCAAGAAAAUUAUUGGAUCCUCUUGAAAAUGGGGAAUACAAAGUAGAAACCAAACCUUUUUGUACUCAAGUUAGAGGACAAAAUGUUGCUAAGCUGAAUAUUUCAAUGCAAAAUGAAAUGGAAUCAAAACAGGUUUGUGAAGAUGAAAUUGAAAUUGCAUAUCUGGUAGAUAAAAAGAAUGAUGAUGGUAAUACCACUGAAUUUAAUUGUUAUACAGAGCCUAGUAGAAAUGCAUACUCAGUCAUUUGCAAGAAUACUGGCCAAAAACUCCCUACUUCAGUUUCAGAAGAAAGAUUGAAAAAGUGCAAAACUGUUUGUGAUUCAGCUCAGAAAUACUUGGGAUAUUCAGGAAACAGCAGUGAUACCUUAAACGCUGAAAUGGGCAUUAGUUAUGGAGAAGAUCAUUUACCCAGCAAUGCCUCUAAUUCAGAACAAGAUGAAAGAAAAUCGUCUAAGACUCAUGUAAAGGGAUUUGCAAGUGCUGGUCAAUUGUCUGAUAAAUCAGCCUUGACCGAAUACAGGUCUGCUAUAGUAGACUCAGAUGCUGCUUCAAAAUGUUUCACAGGACACGUUACAGAAAAAUGUUCACCUAAAGAUAUGGAUACUACAGAAACACCAGAAAGCCAUGAAAAUUCAGAAACUCCCUUUGUGGAUCGUUGGAAUUUGAGUACAAGUGUGUUGGAUCCAAAAGAGAGUCCUGAAUCUGAUACCGGCAGUGCAACAACAUCUUCUGAUGAUAUCAAACCGAGAUCAGAAGACUAUGAUGCUGGAGGCUCACAGGAUGAUGAAGGAUCAAAUGAGAGAGGGAUUUCUAAAUGUAGCACUAUGUUGUGCCAUGAUUUUCUUGGAAGAAGCAGCAGUGAUACAAGUACACCUGAAGAACUAAAAAUCUAUGACAGUAGUCUAAGAAUAGAAGUGAAAAUGAAAAAAGAGGGUUCAGAUCUUUUUCGUGUUAAUUCAACAAGUGAUGAUGAGAUACCAAGAAAAAGACCAGAAGUGUGGUCACAUCAAGGUGUAUUAAGGAUCAAUACUAGGGAAAAUGAAAACACUACUUUUGGUAGCACACAAUUUACUCAGGAGGCAGACCAAGUUUCCUCUUCUGCAGAUGAAACGGAAGAUGAAAAAUCUGAAGCAGAAAAUGUAGUAGAAAGCUUUCCUCAAUCUAACCCUCCUACUCAGCCAUUCCAAGGAAUUGUUAAUUUAGCUUUCGAAGAUGCAACAGAGAAUGAUAUUGAAAGUCAAGAAUUUUCUACAAAUAAAAAAUUUAAGCGAUCCGUUUUACUUUCAGUAGACGAAUGUGAAGAGUUGGGAUCUGAUGAUGGAGAUGGUCAUGCUCUCCUUCGGCAUUCCAUAGAUUCCCCUACUCCUUCUGAUGUUUUUGAUAGUGUAUCUCAGGAGCAUCAUGAAAAGACUUAUUAUUCAAGGUAUUCGUUGGAGACUGAAGAUGGAUUCCUGGAGUGCAAACAGCAAGAAAAGGAUAGAAGUGAGAGAUUAGAUAAAAGAGAGCACUUUUUUCUAGAUCCUCAUAGUACAGAAAUCAAAGGAAAAGAUAAUCAGGGUGCUUCAGUGACAGAACAAAAUUGCCCAGAGAAAGUACUGUCAGUAGCAGAUAGUCAGUGUUCAAUAGAAGAGCAAAAGGUAAAUAGUAAGAAUGAAGAGAUUAAUGAAAUUCAACAGUGCAAUAAACUUUCAGACAAUGACACGAAGUCUCAAGAAAGACCAUGUCAUUUGGACCUUCAUCAAAGAGAUACUAAUUGUGACAUGCAAAAGAAGAGUUCUGUAAAACCCUGUAAGAAUCAGUUACUGACUCUGGAAGGUCAAGUGAGAGAGUGUCAGCGAGCACCUACUGAAUACACUAAUACUGAUUUACCUGCAGGGGACAUAGAUGAUUGUGACGUAUUGGCACAAACCUGCAUGUAUGAGCAUCGACCUUCAAAAACCCUUUCUCCAAUAUAUGAGAUGGAUGUUGGAGAAGCUAUUGAGCAAAGGAUGGAGUCAGAAAGGGACAUUCCAGAUGUGGAUUUUGAAGAUGAGCAAUUUGCAGAACAGGACUGGACUCUUCUCAGGCAAUUGUUAUCUGAGCAGGACUCAAACAUUGAUUUCAAAAACUCUGUUCCUGAAGACCUUAACUUAGCACAAUAUCUUAUCAAUCAGACACUACUUCUGGCACGAGAUGGUUCAAAGCCUCAGGGUAAAUCACACAUUGAUACUUUCAGUAGAUGGACUGAACUAAUGUCGCCACUGGAUGAUUCUUCAGCAAGUAUCACAGUGGCGAGCUUUUCCUCUGAAGAUUGUUCUUCUCCUCAAGGGGAAUGGACAAUUCUUGAACUGGAAACCCAUCAUUAAAGUGAUCAAGUGUUUGAAAAUGGACUCCAACCCCUACCCCAAAUCUAUUUUUUGAUGCAUUGUUUCCAUACAAUAAUGAAAUACUGCAUCAGUUAAGAACAGCCAAUUCUUGAUACUGAGGCAAUGUUUCCAAUAUAUUGAGGUAAAUACUGUUAAUUUAUAACCCAGCUUUAGUCACAAAUAGAAUAAUUUUUCAAAGCUGAAAUAGAUGUUUUUCUAAAAUCAACUUUGAGCAUGUAUUUUCUAGAAUUGUUAGAAAAAUUAGAUGACUUGCAAGAAAAAUCUUGGUUUAAACUCCAUCUUCCAUCCUCUUUCUGUCGUUUGUUAAUAUAUUCUUUACUGAGCAUGGAUUUUAACAUGUGACUGCACAAGAAGUAGCACUUUUUUUUCGUUUUUGCUCUUCAUACCGUGAUUUUUCAACAAUAAAAGAUUGAGCAUUUGUGUUGAAAGGUGUUGUGUUCCAACAGUACUUUAAAUGUUAGAAAUUUAUAUUUGCAUUUACAGAAUGUAAAAAGUUUUGGACUCUAUUUACAUAAGCUGCUUGUUCAGUUUGUUUCCACCAGAUUGAUUUUGUAUAUUUUUUGUUUGAGUUGAAAAUUUUCAAAAAUUGUUUUUAAAUUGUCAUUUAUUUAAAUACAAGACUGCAGAGGUAGUGUAAGAAUGGUAGAUCCUCUCUUGGGAACAUAAAUAUAUCCCCUUACUUCAGUAAAUAAUGGCCUGGUGUAUGAAUCAGAAUGCUAAGCCUGUUCUGAAAUACUGUGUCUAUCAGCUCAAAAAGUAGAUUCAGUCUGAAGUUUUAGCAGUGGCACUCUUGCCUUCUUCACUUUAAAAGUCCAUGUUUGAAGUGGAAUUUUAGUUGUGCUACAACUCAAGAUACUUUUGUGCCUCUCCCCUACUGUCUAAUUCAUAACUAGUUUAUUGGGGUUUUCAAAAUCCCUGUGCGACUUCUAUCUUUGUGAGAGUAUUAGGGUUUUUGCUGUCUCUCUUUUUAAUCUCAUAAUGCCUCUAAAAAUUUCCUUAUGGAGGCCCAGUGUCUCAUCCUCUUGAUUAAGGAAAACCAAGACGGAAAUGCUUCUCACCAUGUCUGCUCUGCUCAUUCUGCUGCUAAAGAAGGUGGCAGUUAAAUGACAUGAGCAGGGGUUUUUGUUGUUGUUUUUGGGAAUGGGAGUUAAUAAGGGGGAUACUUUCCAGGUGAAGGAUAUUGAACCAUAUUCCUCACCGCAUUUCAAGAAAGAUGUGGAGAAAUUGGAGAGGGUCCAGAGAAGAGCAACAAGAAUGAUUAAAGGUCUUGAGAACAUGACCUAUGAAGGAAGGCUGAAGGAAUUGGGUUUGUUUAGUUUGGAAAAGAGAAGACUGAGAGGGGACAUGAUAGCAGUUUUCAGGUAUCUAAAAGGGUGUCAUCAGGAGGAGGGAGAAAACUUGUUCACCUUAGCCUCCAAUGAUAGAACAAGAAGCAAUGAGCUUAAACUGCAGCAAGGGAGAUUUAGGUUGGACAUUAGGAAAAAGUUCCUAACUGUCAGGGUAGUUAAACACUGGAAUAGAUUGCCUAGGGAAGUUGUGGAAUCUCCAUCUCUGGAGAUAUUUAAGAGUAGGUUAGAUAAAUGUCUAUUAGGGAUGGUCUAGACAAUAUUUGGUCCUGCCAUGAGGGCAGGGGACUGGACUCGAUGACCUCUCGAGGUCCCUUCCAGUCCUGGAGUCUGAGUCUAUGCCAUACUGAGGCAAAACGCAGCAAUAAGGAUGGUCUUAUGUAAACUAUACAAUAUUGCUUCUGCAGAGCCCCUCCUGUUAAUGACCAACAGGAGAUGUGCCUUCAAAUGGGAGUGCUACACUGCAGUAACAAAUUACUAAAAUGGUGGUUUAAAAAAAAGACUUUUUUUUACCAAAAGCUUAACUUGCACUGGUUAUAGCCAAGGAUAAUACAGGCGGGUUUUUUGCCAACUUUUGCACAAUUCCACCAAUGCACCUUAAUCCUGGUCUGCAGGCAUUCCUGUUAUCUUAAUCCUAUGCUGUUUAUAAGCAGAGACUGACAGGAGUCUUGAAUUGUGAAGUCGCUUUGAGAUGUGGCUAAGCAGUGACUGCUAAACUAACUUUCACUUUUGACCUAAUCAGCAUAUUGAUCUCAGAACUCAUGACUUGGAAAGGCUGCUACACACUGACUUUAGUGUCUGUCAAUACAAUCAACAUUUUAUUGAAGCAGAAUUAUAAAUUGACAGAGGAAGAAUUUUUUUUUCUUUUUUCUUUUUUUUUAAAUACAGGUUAAAGGAAAGACCUCAAUCUCCCCUUCAUGCGUGUGCCAUGAUACUUAGAAGGGAGUUCAGUCUUGGCUGCGUGCCCAUCCCCAGCUUUCUUAUAGAGGAUCCUCCCCAAGGGUUCCUGUGAGGAGGCUAGGGGCAUCAGUUGGACUCCGGGAUAUCCUGCCCUAAACCACAAAGGAAGCAGCAUAAAUUAAUACAGCCUGAGUUUGUGCAAGCUCAGCAUCUUAUAUGCUGUAGGCUGUAUUUGCUACAUUAUCCACAUUUGGUGGACGGGGGAGUGGAGAUUGCUGCAGCUGGGGGAACUCCCAAAAGCAAAUCUCCUCCAAGAUCAGGAGAGAGACCCCAUUUACCUCCUCCAGUUCCGAGAGGAGCACAGAUACUGGAGCAUCUGUGGGAUAAGGGAAAGCCACCAUUGUCUUCUAUAGAGGGGUUCAAAGAACUCAAAAUAGAGAUGAAACUCAGGUUUCUCACCCCAGCAUGGUUAUUCCUAUGUAGGAGACAAUAAGGACCAUGGAAGGUAUAAAAUAAAAACAUUUAAUGAACUCUAAAUUGAUGAAGACACAAGAGGGUAUUAAUUUUUACACAAAGUAAUAUAGAAGAAGAGAAGGUAAAAGAUCAGGCGAGUAGACAGAGAAUGAAAGAGAGAGAUCCUUCUGCGCUCUCUCCCCUUUCCUUUAUAUUUUCUUGUUUUCUUCAAGUGCAGCUCAUAACUGAAAAGUGACUGUGAAAAAUGUGUUUCCCUGUUUGUGUGUCUGACUCACAGAUCAAAUAUGUUUAAGUUACAGUUAAAAUGACGUGGGUUUUUUGUUUUGUUUUCUUCUGAAUACCAGCUCUCAUUUUUCAGGCUAGAAUUUGAAAGUCAACCUGUGUUGUUUUCUCAGGUCCUCAGUGAUGUAGGUACAACAUCUUCAGUGGAUUGGAACAGGUGUAACUAAGUGGAAUUCAGUAAAAAUUUUGUCAAUGCACAAUAAAUAAUAGAAUCCAUCUCUCUCUCAGCCAUGUUGGCUCUGCAAAGCCAACAGGAAUAAAAAGUAGUAAUAUUAUUCAUUAUCUGUAUUGCUAAAGUGCCUAGGAGCCCUAGUCAAGGACCAGGACCCCAUUGUGCUAGGUAUUAUACAAACACAGAACUAAAAGAUAGUCUGUACCCCAAAGAACUUACAAUCUAAGUAAGACAAAAGAUUGAUAUAGACAGGGGAAUAAAAGAAAAUGAUGAGAGCCGAUAAACUUCUGUCUCUGUGACAGGAGAAGGAGGGAGAGAAUUGGAGGAGAAAGAGGAAAGGGAAGGUAAACCAAGGGGAUGGGGAAAGUCACGUAUUUUGUCAACUUUUUCUUGGAAGAACAUACUGCACUGAGCAGAACUGAAGACAAAAAAAAAAUACAGGAAUUCAGGGCAAGUGGCUCUGUAACAAAGCUGGUGGUGACUACACGGGACUAGAGGUGGGAAAUGGGCUUUUAAAAUGACAUCCAUUAUGACUAGAAGCUUUUAUCUCUUGCAGAAAUUUUGUAACUGUUUUCAUGAAUCUAUUGUUGAUGACAAGCUGUGGUGGAGGAUUCUACAGCAGAAUUAGAAACACUGCUGUUUUACCUGCAAAAAAUUCUAUACCUAUUUCAGUUAGUAUCCAGACUCUGGCCACGGGGUGUAUUUCAGGGAGCUGAACUCAGUGCACUGGUAAAUGAACUACUUUAGAGAAAUCAUCAACUUAAAAACUAAAAACAAACAAAAAACCCACUUCCAUCUGAAUUUUUUUUUCCUACUGUUAUUGCCUGUGAUUGCUAAUAACUGAAAGAGCCUGGAACACAAAGUACAACUCUCUUUAUCUUUCAUUUGAGAGCCCUCUGUAUACUUUCAAUUUCACAGUUUCCUCUGUGAAGUCAGGCCACAAUCUUGCAAACAUUUAAGCACGUGCCUGUGUUUGAACUACUCAUAUGAGUGGAGUUAGGCACAUGAAGUAUUUGCAUGAUUGGGCCCUUAGUCAUUUCUCCGUGUUUUUCUUUCACCUGUUGUGUACAAGAAUUGCACAAACAUGUUUUAAACUUCAUGAAGUGUUUGUAAAAUCUCAAAAAUUGGCAGGGGAACUCAAAAGUGGGUGUAAUACCUGAAACUGUUUUUAAUUACCAAUAGGAUCCUGAUUGGACUCUCUGGGUGCCAUAAAUCAGGGGUAGGCAACCUAUGGCAAGGGUGCCGAAGGCAGCACGCAAACUGGUUUUCAGUGGCACUGCCAAGGUCCUGGCCACCAGUCCGGGCUCUGCAUUUUAAUUUAAUUUUAAAUGAAGCUGCUUAAACAUUUUAAAAGCAUUAUUUACUUUACAUACAACAAUAGUUUAGGUAUAUAUUAUAGACGUAUAGAAAGAGACCUUCUAAAAACAUUAAAAUGUAUUACUGGCACAUGAAACCUUAAAUUAGAGUGAAUAAAUGAAGAUUCGGCACAGCACUUCUGAAAGGUUGCCGGCCUCUGGUAUAAAUACUUAAUAAUAUUAAUAAUAAUGGAGCUAUAUGCUGUUCUCUUGCUCUCCCUAGUUACUGCACAGACAUUCCCAGGUAAGAAAUCUGCCUCAACGUGUGAUCCUAUUGGUACUUCAAUUGUAAAUUCAGUGCUAUAAGAAAUGUAACUUCAAGGCAGGUGGGAAGCUUGAAUUACAGCAAGCAUAGAAAUGUUUUCAGAUUCUAUUUCCAUUCCACUUUAAAAUAUAAAUACAAUCUUGCAGCUCUUGGGGAAGAAAAAAUACUCAGACCUCAAUUAUUCAAGGGUUUUGUAUUAUGCCUGGUAAGAUGGUUAAUUUUGAUAUAAGUGGUCAAAAUAGUUUGUGUUAACUUAAAAAGAAAAAGUCUGAAAGGGAAGGAAAUAUGUGCAUAGUCUAUUCAGUAAGUUUGAGAUAAUGGGUCACAUGUACCUCUUGGUGCCUAAAGUUUAGGCAUCCAUCUCCAUAUUUAGGCAUCUGAGUGGCCUUUUUUUUUUUUUUUUUUUUUUUCCCCCCCCCAGAAAUUUUGAGCCUUCACAGCUCCCAUUAAAAAAUCUGGCCAUUUUUAUGUGCCUACAUAUGGAGAUGGAUGUCUAACUUCAGGCAUCCAAAAUGAAACUUUUAGCCAGUAUUGCUUCAAAUUUUUGUUUCACUUUCACUAUGAUUCAUUCUAUAACGCUGAGUUUGCAAAAGCUGUGCCUGAGCGCUGUUUAAUGUAUUAUAUCAUGUCAAGACUCCAGCCCUCUAGUGCCCUUUCAGUGUUUUAUAUUGGUAGGGCAAAUAUAUGAUUGUCAGACUUGUGCUAAAUAUUUAAUAAGAUCCAUUUUGUUUGUUUAUAAAGCUGAGAGUAGUAUGGUAUUCUGACUCAGUACAAUAUCAUCAGUGUACAUAACACUGAUAUGUCAGGGACAAGCUAAUGUGUACAUCGGAUCCAAUGUAGCAGUGUAAAAUCUCUAUAUAGUUUAUAUUUCAUACAAUCUUAAAAUAACUAUCAAUUAACCAGCAAUCAUAUCAUGCUCAGACCCCAUAAAUUACUUACGUGGCAGACAGACUCAUCUGAGUGUCAGACCUUCCUAUCUUCCACUAAUUGAUCUACCUUUUUUUUUUUUUUUUUUUUUUUUAACUGUAGAAUAGAAAACUUUAAUCCCCAUUUUCUGGACUGUCAUGCUCCAGAUCCUAGGAUGUAUUAUGAGAGAAGGUAUAGUUUCACUUCCAGCAAUCCAUGGCUUUAGGAUCCUAAAAUAUUUGCUCACCCAGUGGUUUAGAGUUGUUUGUUUUUUAAGCUAUUGAACUGAAAACUUGCAUGUUUUCUACCCGUUUAUUUUUUAAACGUUUAGCCCACAUUGUGAUCUUAGGGAUAAGUAACUAUCUGCAUCUCCAAAUGAUGAAUAGUGAACAUGCACUUCUAUUUCUAAAAUUGCUGUACAGUUGCUUAGUCCUACAAGCCUUCUCCAUUUAUGUAUAAAAUGGAAAAUAAUAAACCCUGUAUGUAACUGAAA